UAUACACAACCACUAAAAUGCUCAACCUUCGAAGAACCCUUACCAAAACACUUCCUUUCCUCCGCUUGACCUCCCUUCCCCAAAACCUCUUCCUCCCCUUUUCAACCCCCUUCUGUACAAAGCCUCAAGUCCCCAGACCAGAACCUCUCGACCAAAAAUACAAUAGAAGAGAAGUAGAAGACCUUCUUAAGAGAAAGUUCUUCCUGGCCCAGUCAUUCGAGAUUUAUGGAGGAGUAGCUGGGUUGUAUGACUUUGGACCUUUAGGGGCUGGGUUGAAGAAUGAAGUUGAACAGAUGUGGAGAAGGCAUUUUGUGUUAGAGGAAGAUAUGUUGGAGGUGUCUUGUUCGACCCUGACGCCCGAGGAGGUGUUAAGGACUUCAGGACAUGUAGAGAAGUUUGAGGAUUUUAUGGUCAAGGAUGUGGUGAGUGGGCAGUGUUAUAGAGCAGAUAAGAUUCUUGAGGACCAUAUUGAUAAAGUUCUUCAGAAGAGAGGUACGAAAAUGGAAGAAGAGGAAGUUGAAAGGCUUCAAAAGAUCAGAGCUCAAGCUGAUAGUUUUGAUCGAAAUGAGAUUGCAGAAAUAUUGAAAGAGCUCAAGGUAAAAGCUCCAGAUACUGGAAACCCAAUUAGUGAUCCAGUACCUUUUAACUUAAUGUUCUCAACUCAGAUUGGUCCAUCAGGUUCAUCAAAAGGUUAUUUCAGGCCAGAAACAGCACAGAGUAUUUUUGUAAAUUUCAAGAGACUUCUUGAAUUCAACAAUGGUAGACUUCCAUUUGCUUCAGCACAGAUUGGCCUUGGAUUUAGAAACGAAAUUUCUCCAAGAGCUGGUCUUCUUCGUGUCAGAGAAUUCACUAUGGCUGAGAUUGAGCAUUUCUGUGAUCCUUUGAACAAGAACCAUCACAAAUUUUCCUUAGUCAAAGAUAAAACACUUCCCUUGCUCUCAAAGGAAAGACAAUUAAUCUUGGAAGAUCCAACCACUGAUUUGACAGUGGGUGAGGCAGUUGAGCAAGGAAUCAUCAAUAACCAGACUCUUGCCUACUUCAUGACAAGAACCUUCUUGUUCUUUGAGAAAUGUGGCAUUCCAAGAUCAGCAAUCAGAUUCAGACAGCAUCUAGAUACUGAAAUGGCUCAUUAUGCUUCUGAUUGUUGGGAUGCUGAGAUAGAGACCUCGUACGGAUGGAUUGAGAUUGUUGGUCAUGCCGAUAGAUCAUGCUACGACCUUGAAUCUCAUUCUAAACAUACUAAUACUGAGUUAUUAGGAUCUAGAUUAUUGGAAAGCCCAAUUGAAGUUUCUACCACAUACAUUCUCCCAGACAAAAGAAAGCUAGGUAGAGCAUUGAAAAGUGAUUGAAAAUUAUUAUGAGAUUACCUUGAUAGCUUAAGUGAAGAGCAAAAACAGAUUAUUCACAAGCAAUAUGAUCAAGCUGAGAAUGAGUUUGAAAUAGAUAUUGGCAGUAAGAAAAUUACAGUCUCGAAGGAUACUAUUGAAAUUAAAAUUGAUAAGAAAAUGUCAAUGGAGGAAAAAUUUGCUCCUCAUGUUAUUGAACCUUCAUUUGGAAUUGGAAGGCUUUGUCACUGAAUAUUUGAGCAUUGAUAUCAUAAAAGAGAACAAGAUGAAGCAAGGAAAUAUUUCAAGUUCCCCAUCACAAUAGCUCCAAUUAAGGUAUCAAUACUACCUUUGAUUUCUAAUUGAGAAGAGCAUAAUACUUUUGUUUUGAAGCUUAAAUCAGAUCUCAACUCACUUGGAAUUUCUUCAAAAAUUGACGAAAGUUCUCAAACUAUCGGACGAAGAUAUUCUCGUGCUGACGAAUGUGGGAUUCCAUUUGCAAUUACUAUUGAUAAUGAAACUGUUAUCGAGUCUGUAGUUACCUUAAGAGAAAUUCAAUCUACAAGCCAAGUUUCUAUUCCUAUUUCGAAAGUAGUCGAUACAGUGAAAGAUCUAUGAGAAGGAAGACUAAGCUGGGAAAAUAUUAUUGAUACUUAUCCAUCAUUCAGAAAUGAUUAA